GCAACGCCUAUUCCGUCGACUCAAUAAGUCUAUCGCUUGUAUUUGAGCUCUUGAACUACAAUAAGGUGUUCAUCAAAAUGGAAGCACCAGAAAAAUGCUGUGAUACCCAAUUCAAAGUUCUAUCCACUGGUGACUAUAUUCUACCGCCCCCAUUGCAAGCUUCCAUUGACAAAAUCGUAGAAAAAGAAGGAUAUAUUACGCACAAAACCAUCAACAGGUCAAUCUCGACCAGCGGUGGUAACUUCUUGGCAGAACUGUUCGAAGUUGACAUUAAAGGAAAAACUGCGGAUGGCGAUAAAGAGACCAAUAUUUUUAUUAAAAAUAAAAUGGAUGACAUACAAGUGACAGUUCUAGAUGUUACAGAAUGUUAUACUUUGGAGAACUUCUUUUACGGACAACUCUCAAAACUGUAUAAUGAUAUACAAAAUAAAGCUAAUAUUCCAGUUGAAGAAAGAUACAAUAUGGUUAAAAGUUACGAUGCUACGAAUCCAAAUGCUAUAAUUCUGGAGAACCUUGCUAAAAAGGGCUUCACAACUGUUCAUCGAAUGGAAGUCGCUCCUCUUAAGUUUGCACAACUCUCUGUUCAGCAGCUGGCGAGGUUCCACGGGUUAUCCUGGGUCUUGGAAAAACAACAUCCUGAAUACUUUGCAAAGAAAAUUAGGUCAUUGAAAUCGACAUUUCAAUUUAACGAUGAUUAUCAAAAAUUCAUUGAUAAUAUGAGCACGUAUACGGACAAAUGUGUGGAUGAGGGCCAGAAAGUUAAACUGAACAAAUUCAAAUCCGGAAUUCUGGAGACCUUGCGAAAGAAUUACUUUGAUAAUGCCGGAAGCAGAUGCUGCUUAUGCCAUGGAGACUACAGGGCUAACAAUAUUCUUGUGAAAAAAGAUGGCGAUAAUAUAACUGAAGUCAUACCAGUGGACUAUCAGCUGCUGUAUUAUGGAUGCCCUGUCAUGGACUUCAUCUAUUUCAUCUUCCCUUGCACUGACCAAGAGUUUAGGAGCAUACAUCUUGAUAAUCUGAAAGAUCUGUAUUACGAAAGUUUGGAAAAGUUCCUUAAAUAUUUUAACAUGGACGUUGAGUCAGUGUACCCACGGUGUGAGUUUGAAACAGAGUACAAGAAAAGACUAGAAUUUGGUCUAAUAUUUAGUCUUAUGAUAACACCCAUACUGUUUACUAAUGAUGAUGACGUCCCUGACAUUACUAAAGAUGAUUUGGGAACACUUUCUGUUACUCCGGAUCCAAAAAUGGAUGAAAGGAUCAGGGGUCUUGUGGAUGAUUUUCAAAAGUGGGGUAUUUUGUGAGGAACUACUACCAGCCCCGAUGAAAAUUAUUUAGUUUAGUAUAAUAAAUUAUAUAUUAUAUACAACACAAUACAAA